UUCAAAUUAAAAUCAUCAAGGAAUCAACCCAACAUAAAUAAUUUACAUAAUGAAAUAUUUUUUACUUUUCAUGUUAAUGAUAACCUUUAAAGUAAGUUUAUGUCGUUAUGCACAAUAUUUAAAAUGCUCGCAUUCUCGUUAUUUUCUAAAUUUUUUUAAUCAUAAUGAAAGAUUUUUGUUACAAUUCGAAAAGAAUAAAGAAUAUUUAACAAUAGAAAAUCUUAUGAACUAUGGCAAAGCACUUCAAACACAUGGUAAAGUAAUUAUGAUACUUUUAGAUCACUUGAUGUACAAUACUUCCAAAAAGAUUUGUUUUACUUUAAUCACGAUAAAUAUGUACUUAAAUAACAUAACUGGUUCUUUAAAUAUGAUUGCUAAAAUUGAUGAUGAUGAAAAAAAUGAUGCUCAAAAAUUAUUAGAAGGCUAUAAGAUUUUUCACUUUGCAAUUAAAGAACAUCUAAUAAAAUACAUAAAUGGGUAUUGUUUUAAAGUACCGUUUCAUGAAAAUAAGGUUAUUUGCAAUCCACCAAUCAAUGAGAAUGAAUAUAAUACUACUGAUCUAAUAAAAAUAAAUAAUGAACUUAGGAAAAACAUAUUGACGCAGUUUAAGUUAAUGUUAAUAAAGAAUACAUACGAACGUUUUCAUCCAAUAAAUAUUUUGUUUUACGAUAUAAUGACCUCUCAGGUUCUCACCAGCAAAAAUAAUAGUAUAAAAAUAGAUAAUAGUCAACACAUAGAAUUAAAUCUACUGCGAUUCACACGACUUAACUUUAAUUGCUAUAAUGGUACUUAUUUAACUAUACAAGACGUAUUUGAGUAUAUGAAAUAUGAUUUUUAUACCAAGAAUGUUAUAGCAUACAUAAAGACAGUAAUUGGGGCUACGUUUCGACCAAUAGCCAUUCUUCUUCGCAACUAUGUAACCUUAAUUCAAGUUGCAUCUUCAGAAUAUUCAGAUAUUGUAAAAUUUUGGGUAAAGAAAAGACUAAUUAAAAUGGGUCAAAAAAUAAUGAAUUAUGGAAUAGAUGUUAUUUCUCUCUCUAUAUACGAUUAUAAUCGCUCAUAUUUGCAAAACAUAAUCUUAGAUUCAUUUAAAAAUGCUUUAAAUAAAUAUAUUGAUAAAAAUAAGUUAUCCGAAAUUGAUGUUGAACAUAAUAAUAUAUUAAUUAAAGUACUAUCGAAUUUCUUCAUUAACAGUAAACUGUACUUUACAAGUGAUAUAGUUCUAACUAACAAAAAAAUGACUGCAAAUAAUGCUGAUGCCAUAAUAACUGAAUUAGAAAAAAUUAUGAAAAAAGUUAAAAUAUAUAUAAAGGAUUUGAAAAAAUGGAAUGAAUAUUUAAAUUUAAGUGUAAAAAAUUUUAAUAUUCGAUCUUAUAAUGUUACAAAUUUUAAAAAUUUUAUUGAUUUUAAAGUUUUAGAUCGUAUUUGUAACACUGAAUCACAUUCUGAAAUAUACAAUAUUAGUACGAAUGAUAAAAAUAAUAUUGAAAUAGGAUAUUAUAAAGAUGUGCAAAAUGUAGAAGAUGAUGCUAUACAAGUUAACUUAAAGGAUCUAAAAGAUGAAAAUGAUAUCGAUACAGCUGACUUCAAUGAACACCAAUCAAUUUAUAAACCUCUUUAUAUGAUUGAUUAUUGGCCAUACAAGGAGUAAAGUGAGAUAUUUGAAAUUGUUGUUAGAAUGAAUACUGUCAAUACUUAUUUACAAAGAUUUAAUUUUUUUUCCAUUUUUUAAGCAUUACAAUGUGAAUCUUUUAACACGAUAAUCAUAUUACUAAUUUAAAAACUGUUAAUAUAUUGAGAAAUUGCUUUUGAUAUUUUAUACUAUAAAAUACAAUAUGCUCAAGUUUUAAACAUUUUAAGAUGUAUCGAAAUAAAUAAUACUCGAAAUAA